AUGCCACACGAGAGUACGUCAAUAAUAACGUCAUUAUUUUCUGGCAACCAACCGCCCUCUAUUUUUUCGCAAUGGACAUCUUCGACAUUUUCGGUCGAUGGAGUGGAAAACUCCUGUGCCGAACACUUCUUCGCAGCAUCCAAGGCACGACACUUCGGUGACAAAGAUAUGCUUCACAACAUCAUGCUUUCGUUAGACCCAGCAAUGCACAAGCGCUACGGACGACAAGUGCGUGGCUUCACGCAACAGGAAUGGGAAAAGGUGAGAGAAUACAUCGUGCUUGUGGGCACUUUCGAGAAAUUCUCCCGAAAUCCUGCCAUGCCCAGCCCUUUCGACAAUACAUGGGGCAUCGGCAUGAGAGCCGAUCACCCCGAGGCCGCCAACUCCUCCAACUGGACAGGAAAAAAUUUACUUGGUAAGGCACUUCAAUCGGUUCGAGACUUGCUUCGCUCAUCUGCAUCACUCCCGAUGCCACCCCUGGAAAACCCCACCGACUCAGCACUCGACAAUAAAGGCAUUCACGAGAUCAACACCGACACUCAGCAACCCAUCAAUCCACCUUCAGAGUCACGUUCACAGCCAACCGACAUCAACGCUCUUUGGCCCUCUGACGCGCCUUCCGACUACGACAACGACAUUCUCCACGUUGCGGCCGCCAAUUUCCACGUCGACAAUCACCCCAAAGUACUUGCUGAACACGGACCAGGUCUCGUUGACGGUAUUGUAACCGUUGACGACGCUUCACAAUCCACCAAAGUGCGCAUACACUCAGGUUCCGCAACCUCAGGUUACCGCUGCGGCGCUCUCCUGGACUCCGGCUCUCCAGCCACGUUCGUCAACCGCAAUGCUCUCGGCAACAUGCGAGCCACAGGAUGUGCGACACAAGACUGCGUCGCCACCAACAACACUCGCUCUUGGGGAGGAUUCGGUAGCUCUCAACCACUCGUCACUAUUCAGAUGCCGUCAAAGCACUUCGAAGUGCUAGGGCCAUCACACUCUGCCGAUGCAGCACACCGCGAUGCUCCCUUCAUCGGCAAUGUACCUUCCGACAACAACGGGGAACCUGCACAGCACUCCUCCCCCCCUUCCGACAAUUUGUCCCCACCGACACUUCCUCCACAGGAGCUUCUGGAGCGCUUGGAUGCCGCUCAACAGAAAAUCUUCCUAUCUCUUUGGGACCGCCUACCACCGCACAUGCGAGCCAUGAUGUUCAAUCUACACGGCGAAGGCUGGACGCCUGCUGUCAUAGAUGAGCAUGUCUUACACAACUUCCGAGACUUCUUCUCCACUUCACCCACGGACCUGGGCUGCUGCCCAUUGCUACCAUUCAAAAUCGACAUUCCGGACGGCACCCCACCGGUGCGAACCAAGCCAUACUGCAUGAACCCUCUGGUCGCCAAACAAGUGGACGCCACUUUGGACAAAUACCUCGCGGCAGGUUUAAUCCAACACUCCACUUCUCCGUACUGCAGCCCCAUCGUCGUCAUUCCAAAACAAUCUGGAGAGCUUCGCAUCACCGUCAACUACCAGAAACUCAACCGCAUCAGCAGCUUCAGUCAACUACCUGUUCCUCGUGUUGAUGAGAUCAUGAACAAACUGCACCAGGGCUCCAUAUUCUCGCUCUUCGACUUCACGGGCUCCUUCCACCAAAUUCCCGUGCACCCCGACACGAUUCCGCUCACUGCAUUCGCCACACCGACUUGCCUUUUCGAGUGGCUCAAAAUGCCAAUGGGUGCCAGCCAAUCUUCAGGCCGGUGGAUGAAGGUCAUCAAUGAGGUUAUCAAAAACCUCGAAGGCGUUGACCCAUAUCUCGACGAUGUGGUGCUCUACGACAAGACACCGGCGGAUCACAUCCGCACCAUGCGCGCCUUCCUACAACGGCUGCCCAAGCACAAGCUCAAGCUUUCACCGCCUAAGGCCACCAUUGGCACGACACACUCUGCAUUCUUGGGACACACCAUUACUCCCGACGAUAUCAGGCCCAACGCCAACAAAGUAGCCGCGCUCGCGGCAAUGCCAGUGCCAACCGACCUCAAGAAACUUUGCUCUCUUCUCGGUGGUCUGAGCUACUACCGCAGCUUCGUCACGGCAUUCCUCAAGAAAAACUCGUCCUUCACCUUCACUUCCGACAUGGAGGCUAUCGUCCGAGAGAUCCUCAAAGAACUCUCCGAGCCGCUAAUUAUCGUCUUCCCCGACUGGAAAGCCAUCGAAGACGGCACCAGACCUCUCCGCCUCCACUGCGAUGCCAGCCUCGGUGGUCUGGGCGCGACACUAAAACAAGAACAGGCGGAUGGCUCUGUUCGCCCCAUCGUCUUCAUCAGCAGAUCGACACUUGACGCUGAGCGUAACUGGACACCACUCGACUUGGAAGCUGGCGCCAUCGUUUGGGCCAUUAAACGCUUGCGUGGAUACUUGCGCGGCACACACUUCCAAAUUUAG